AACCACGUGGGGGUACCCCAUUGCUCUGGCCCAAACCUUACAGCUCUAGCCAACUCUGUGAAUUUGGCUGAAUCUAGUACAGUGUUUACUAGAGGUGCUAGUGUUUACCAACCAACUAAAGCACACGUGAAUGAAAUCAAAGACAGGGGCAUGGCCAACGACGACGACCCUCCGCCCGUCGAUAUGGUGAUCAAUGGCGACCAAGUGGAGGUCAAGAUCAAUACGACCGGCGAAGAUGUGUACAUCUAUCCAGAUUAUCUGUUACCCAAUAUCAAGCAUGAACCUCAGGCGAGCAACGGAAACGGAGCCUCGCAAAAUUCGACCCGAGGGGGCAAAGGCCGCAACAAGAAACGACCUCCGCCCCUCAAGUUCGAGCGCUCUUCUCGCGUCUGUCCCAUUCUGAUCAAUGUCCUACCCGAUCAACCUUGGCCCCAAUGUGAUUUUCCUAACUGCGCUUACAUCCAUGAUGUAGCUAAAUAUCUCGAGGGCAAGCUGCCCGACUUAGAAGGGCCGUGUCCGAAUUUUAGUCAAUUCGGUCGAUGUCCUCGGGGUGUAACCUGUCGAUUUGCCCGACAGCACAUUGAGGUCACAGAAGGCCAGGGGGUCAGGGCCAAGGAGGACAAGGAGCUUAUUCGAAAAUGGGAGGGUAUUCGAAUAGAAAGCAACCAUUUGCCGAAAGAUCUUCAAACCCGAUUACGAAAGAAGGACUACGAUUUCAAGGUCUGUGAUAAAUUGGUAGAUGAUACCUUUAAUGCGCGAGCUGAACGAAAAGAAGAGGUUGACAAUGCCACCGAGGAUCCUCCAUCCAAGAAAGUGAAGGUGGAAGAAGGCUUGACCGUGGCAAUUCCGGAAAAAAAGAAAAUUGAUUGGACCAACAAGCUCUAUUUGGCUCCAUUAACCACGGUGGGUAAUCUACCUUUUAGGCGAAUAUGUAAGAAGUUUGGGGCCGAUAUCACGUGCGGAGAAAUGGCCAUGGGUCUGCCGUUGCUUCAAGGGCAUCAACCUGAAUGGGCUCUUCUUCAACGACAUCACACGGAAGAUCUCUUUGGGAUUCAACUCUGCGGAUCUUCCCCGCAACAAAUGGCUCGAGUGGCGCAUUUGGUCGAAGAACACGUGGAUUGCGACUUUGUGGACAUCAAUUUGGGCUGCCCGAUCGAUUUGGUUUACAAAAAAGGCUGGGGCUCCGGUCUGAUGGGCCGUAAAAAGCCAUUAGAGGUCAUGAUCCGCGCCAUGACCCAGAUUCUCACGCGGCCUCUAACCGUCAAAAUGCGAACCGGUAUUUAUAUGGACAAGAAGAUCGCUCACACCCUCAUUCCGGCCGUUAGAGAUUGGGGCGCCCAGAUGAUCACCCUUCAUGGACGUUCCAGAGAGCAAAGAUACACCAAAGAGGCAGAUUGGGAGUACAUCAAGGAGUGCCGUGAAGCCGCUCAGCCCAUGCCGCUUUUUGGGAAUGGCGAUGUUCUCAGUUACGAAGACUACAUCUCGCGCAAGACUCUCUCGAGCACGGAUGGGAUCAUGAUCGCCCGCGGAGCCUUGAUCCGGCCGUGGGUGUUCAAGGAAAUCAAGGAAAAUCGUCAUUGGGACAUUUCGGCCAGUGAACGAUUGGACAUGAUUAAGGACUACGUUCAGUAUGGAUUAGAGCAUUGGGGCUCGGAUGAUAAAGGACUCGAAACGACGCGCCGAUUUUUGCUCGAAUGGCUGUCCUUUCUGCACCGCUACGUUCCACAUGGGAUUCUGGAGCAUCCACCCCAAAAGAUCAACCAGAGGAUCCCAAAUUACCGAGGUAGAAACGAAAUGGAAUCUCUGUUGUCUAGUCCCAAUUGUGCGGAUUGGAUCAAGAUUACGGAGAUGUUUUUGGGCAAAGUUCCGGAUAACUUUGAUUUUGUUCCAAAGCACAAAGCUAACUCGUACAAGUGAAAUGUAAAGAAUCUAACAUAUGAGUGUCCGUCUCAAGGCCCUUUUGCUCAUUUCCUCUGAAAUUACCUUGAUAUACAUGGAAAUAAAUAGAUCAUUUGUUAUCGCCAUA